CUCGGCGGCUCGGCAGCAACUGCAGCUCGGCGGCUCGGCGACUCGGCGGCUCGGGCGGCUCGGGCGGCUCGGCGGCACGGCGGCUCGGCAGCAACUGGAGCUCGGCGGCUCGGCGACUCGGCGGCUCGGGCGGCUCAGGUGGCUCGGCGGCUCGGGCGGCUCGGGUGGCUCGGGCGGCUUGGCAGCAGCGGCGGCUCGGUAGAUCGGCGGCUCAGCGGCGCCGGCGGCUCGGUGGUGACGGCGGGGCCGCGUGGGGACGGCGGCGGGGCCGGGUGGGGCGGCGACGAGGCCGCUGAGGGCGGCGGCGGGGCCACGAAGGGUGGCGACCGGCGCCUUAAGGGUGGGGCCGCGGGGUCGCAAGGGUGGGGCGACGGGGCCAGCAGAGGCGGCGCCGGGGCCGGGAAGGGCGGCGCCGGGGCCGGGAAGGGUGGCGCCGGGGCCGCAAGGGUAGGCGACGGGGCCGCGAGGGCGGCGUGGAGGGGUCGCGAGGGCGGCUCGAGGAGGCCGCGAGGGCGGCGCGAAAGGGCCGCGAGGGCGGCGCGAAAGGGCCGCGAGGGCGGCGCGACGCGACGGGAUCGCGAGGGCGGCGCGACGGGGUCGCAAGGGCGACGCGACGGGGCCGCUAGGGAGGCGCAACGCGACGGGGCCGCUGAGGCGGCGCGACGGGGUCGUAAGGGCGGCGCGACGGGGCCGUGA